UGUUAUUUGGAUGUAGAUUUUUUUUAUUCCUUACUCAGCCAAUAUAAACAAUAUUGGAGGUCAAUUACCUCCUUUCCUCUAAUAUUAUGCAAUCACAAUUUCCAACCUUCAACUGCUAGAUUUCCCCUGCAUCAGAUUAGGUUAACAAGGCAUUUCGGACUAGGAAUCCUAGACUGGGGUUUACACAGAGAAUGCGUUCUAACUCGCCUGGGUGUUAUUCACUUCAGUAAUAUUCCCUAGCACUUCCCCUGCACUUAACUCGGCUGCAGGCGAAACAUUUCUGUAACAGUUAGUCUUAUUGGCUGUAGAUAGGUCCUGAGACUGUGGGAGGGGAACAUUCUAGUGCUCUUUAUGAAAUGUGAAUAGGUUAGAAAACAGCUUUACAUUGUAAAAAAUCUUAACUAAACCUAGCGACAUGGCUGGACUUUGUCUCACUGUGCUGUUUGUGAUUGUGACCACUUCAUAUUCAUUGGAAGUUUCAGAUAAAGAAACCAAUUUACCUUCCAUUGAAUCAAGAUUCCCAUAUUCUCUUAGUAUGUUGACAGUGAAUCCAUGCUGCUACUACCCAUGUCAGCACAAGGGUGUUUGUGUGAGGUUUGAAAUGGAUAAAUACCUAUGUGACUGCACCCGAACAGGUUAUUAUGGUACCAACUGCACAAUCCCUGAAUGGUGGACAAAGUUUCGGGAAUUUCUUCGUCCAAGUCCUGCUUUUUAUCACUACAUUUUGACCAGAUUUAAGUGGUUUUGGGAUAUAAUAAAUUCUACCUUCAUACGUGAUGUCAUUGUGAGACUUGUUUUGACAGUGCGUUCAAAUUUGAUACCCAGCCCACCAACCUACAAUUCUGCAUAUGGCUACAUAAGCUGGGAGGCGUAUUCUAACGUCAGCUACUUUACGCGGGUUCUUCCCCCUGUCCCAGAUGAUUGUCCUACUCCCAUGGGAACAAAAGGAAAGAUGGAACUCCCAGACGCUUCUCUUCUUGUGGAGACAUUUCUGAAAAGAGAAAAAUUCAUCCCAGACCCGCAAGGCACAAACCUCCUGUUUGCCUUCUUUGCCCAGCAUUUCACGCAUCAGUUUUUCAAGACAUAUGGCAGGAUGGGACGGGGUUUCAUUAAAGGAUUCGGUCAUGGUGUUGAUCUUAGCCAUAUUUAUGGAGACAGUUUGGAACGCCAGCAUAUGCUUCGUCUCUUCACAGAUGGAAAACUCAAGUAUCAGAUAAUAAAUGGGGAUAUAUAUCCGCCAACAGUGGUCGAGGCUCCAGUCUUCAUGAUUUAUCCAGACAAUGUCCCCAAGGAAAAGCAGUUUGCCGUAGGGCAGGAGGUAUUUGGACUCCUCCCUGGAUUGAUGAUGUAUGCAACCCUUUGGCUCCGUGAACACAAUAGGGUUUGUGAUAUUCUGAAGAAGGAGCACCCUACUUGGGAUGAUGAGCAGCUGUUUCAAACUACAAGACUAAUUCUUAUAGGGGAGACUAUAAAGAUCGUCAUUGAAGACUACGUGCAGCACCUGAGUGGAUAUUAUCUGAAACUGAAAUUUGAUCCAGAAUUAUUGUUCGGCGUGCAGUUCCAGUACAGGAAUCGGAUUGCUGUUGAGUUCAACCAGUUAUAUCACUGGCAUCCUCUUAUUCCGGAGAAAUUUCAAAUACUGGAAGAUGAAUACAGCCACAGCCGCUUUCUCUACAAUACAUCCAUUCUUUUAGACUAUGGAGUUGAGGCUCUGGUGGAAUCUUUUACAAAACAAAUUGCUGGCAAGAUUGGUGGAGGAAAGAACCAUCACCCGGGCCUGCUGAAGGUGGCUGCAGGAGUUAUUGAAGAAUCUCGAAAACUCAGGCUACAACCUUUUAAUGAAUAUCGAAAGAGAUUUGGUUUGAAGGCCUAUAAGUCAUUCAAAGAUUUAACAGGAGAAGAAAUUAUGUCAGCACAACUGGAAGAGUUGUAUGGAGAUAUAGAUGCACUCGAAUUCUAUUUGGGGCUACUUUUGGAAAAAUCCAAUCCAAAUUCAAUAUUUGGAGAAAGUAUGGUGGAAAUAGGGGCACCAUUUUCUCUUAAAGGACUCAUGGGGAACCCAAUUUGCUCUCCGGAAUACUGGAAGCCCAGUACCUUUGGGGGAGAAACUGGGUUUAAUAUUGUAAAGACUGCAACGAUUCAGAAGCUUGUGUGUCUCAAUGUAAAACAAUGUCCCUUUGUUGCAUUCCACGUGCCGGACGACGUAUUACCUAAAUUAAAAAAAUCUGAUGAGCUUUAAUUUUGAUGAAAAGCUGCAUAUAUUAAACUGUAUUUGUCUUUUAUUAAUUGUAACAGUUUAGGAUAUUUUUUUAUUAUAAUUUUUUCAAAGGCU